GUCGGGAUGCUAUACGUCCUUUCGCUGCGACCGGUUUGUAUUGGUGACGCCCUCAGGUCGCGCUGCGUGCAAACAGGCUUGGUGUGGAAGAAAGCGGCGAGCUGUUGGAGUGAGCAGAGAGAGACUCAGAGAAACACAAGCCUGAGGGAGGAUGUCGAGCGACUUCUACCUGCGAUACUACGUCGGGCACAAGGGCAAAUUCGGCCACGAGUUCUUGGAGUUCGAGUUCCGACCCGACGGAAAAUUGAGGUACGCCAAUAACAGUAAUUACAAAAAUGAUGUCAUGAUCAGAAAAGAAGCUUAUGUACACAAGAGUGUGAUGGAGGAGCUGAAGAGGAUCAUCGACGACAGUGAAAUCACAAAGGAAGAUGAUGCUUUGUGGCCGCCUCCUGAUCGGGUUGGUCGGCAGGAGCUGGAGAUUGUGAUAGGAGAUGAACACAUUUCUUUCACAACCUCCAAAAUUGGAUCUCUGAUUGACGUCAAUCAGUCCAAAGACCCAGAAGGCCUUCGAGUAUUUUACUACCUGGUUCAAGAUCUGAAAUGUCUCGUCUUCAGUCUCAUUGGUUUACACUUCAAGAUCAAGCCCAUCUAAGAAAGGGGAAUGGAACUUUUUUUGGCGGGGGGUGGGGUCUGCUUAUUUUGUAUAUUGCUUUUGGGGGAACUUGGUCUUUUUUUUUUUAAUAAAAUUUUUUUAAAAAUAAAGUAAUCCUGUUUUUUCAGAGUUUUUUCAUGUGCUUUAUAUUUCCAUGGGAAUCUGCUGUGAUUUACAGUAAAAACAAUUUUGCAGAUCAGCUGCAUCCUGUCGGAUUAACAAGGUUCUGAAACUAUUUGACAACACUUGCACAAUAUUUUCAAAAGUCCUGCCUCCAUUUACAUUUCAGAAAUUGUUUGUGGAACAAUUCAACUACGUUUCAAAAAGAACAAAUUACCUGGAUAUGGGCAAAUAUUGUGUAGACUACUAUUAAAAAAAAAAAAAAAAAGAAAAAAAAAAAAAAAAAAAAAAAGCUAGCCAAAUGCCUUUGAGUAACUAGUUCAUUUGGACCUGUAGUUGUAUUUAUUUACAUGUUUAUAAAAGGGGCUGUGAUGGCGUGCCUGCUGGAGAACAGCUGGUCAAUGUAUUGUUUGGGAUACUACAGUUAUGCUCAAGGUUAGGUUUACAUUAGACCAGUACAAUGUGAUUUUAUUUGAGGGUGCACAUCAUAAUUGUGGUUACAACCAUGGUUACCAUCUGAGUAUUCAAAGUAUCACCUACCAAAUGCAUUGCCAAGUCCCACAGCUCUAAAGAGAUGCUCAGUGCUUU